UUAAGACCGUUCUCGUUUUGCUAAUUGUUAGGGAUGCCAACAUACGUUACAUAAGCAGUACCUUAAACGUUUGCACCUCGAAAAUUACCUCCUGAUCUCCUUUAAGUUAGCGUGGAAUUCCCACAUUGAGCUCAGCAGUCUUCUAAAAGAUUACAAGAGCACAUAGAUGACAUGUCAGGCAGUGUACGAGGGGUAAAAGCUCGUAUCUGACAGCAGAGCGGCUCAUUCACCUGGUGAACACUGAGCGCGACCAGCGCAGCCUACGCACUUUGGGUUUGGCCCAUUGCGAGAGACGCGCUCAGUGCGUGCUCCCCGAGGACAUCCAGCGUUAUAGAGGAGCGCUUCCUUCCGACCCUCUCAUCUGUCAAUCGAACAUGUGGUUCAUCAAUCUAACUUUGCUCGUUCUCAAACUGUCCGUGUCUGCGGACGGAUUCUCCACGUGCCAGUCCUACAACUUGGCCGACCACAAAUCUAAAAGGAUUGAGGCGGUGCGCGGACAGAUUUUGAGCAAGCUGCGCAUCCGGAGUCCUCAGGAUCCCGAAGCCAGCCCGCCAUCGGAGUCGGUACCGGUGGAGGUGAUGUUACUUUACAACAGCACGAAGGAGCUGCUGAAGGAGCGCGCGCGCCAGGCCGAAGCCGCCUGCGAGCGGGAGAGCAGCGAGGAGGACUAUUACGCCAAAGAGGUGCAGCGGAUCAAUAUGAUGCCACUGCGCACAGAUACGAACUCAAUCAACCCUGUUCCUCAGAGCCCGUACUUCAGGAUAGUGGGCUUCGACGUCACCAAUGUGGAGCGAAAUUCCAGUACUUUGGUCAAAGCAGAAUUUCGCAUCUUCAGAGCGCCAAACCCACAGGCGCGCACCACAGAGCAGCGUGUGGAAAUAUACCAGAUUCUCAAAUCUGACGACAUGACAGCACCGUCUCAGAGGUACAUCGACUCCAGAACAGUUGAGCCUCAAGCCAAGGGGGCGUGGCUUUCUGUCGACGUCACGGAGACUGUGAAGGAGUGGAUGGCCUUCAGAGAGAGAAAUCUUGGGCUCAAGAUCAGCGUUCACUGUCCCUGCUGUACAUUCGUCCCUUCCACAAACAAUAUUGUCCCUAACAAGAGUGAAGAGUUGGAAGCCAGAUUUGCAGGCAUUGAUGAUGACCUUAUAAAGCAGAACAGAAGACCAGGCAUGACUAAAGGACAGAUUGAAUUCAGCACAAAAACUCCCCAUUUGAUACUAACCCUGCUGCCCACCGACCGUCUGGAGAGUCCCACCAAGAAAAACCGCAAGAAGAGAUCAGCAGCAGUCACAUCCAUAUGCUCACGGACUGAUCAGGGCUGCUGUCUGAGGUCUCUGUACAUUGAUUUUCGUCGGGACUUGAACUGGAAGUGGAUCCACGAACCAAAAGGGUACAAAGCAAAUUUCUGUGCAGGGAACUGUCCUUACCUCUGGAGUGCAGACAACCACUACAACAUGAUUCUCCCGCUGUAUAAUAAAAUGAAUCCAGAAGCAUCAGCAUCUCCGUGUUGUGUUCCUCAGGACCUGGAGCCCCUCACCAUCGUUUAUUUCCUAGGCCGAACCCCCCGUGUGGAACAGCUCUCCAACAUGGUGGUCCGGUCCUGCAAGUGCCGUUGAAGCAGUGGAGAGGGAAGGCAUAAAGAUCUCAGACGGAGGACAGGACACAGGUGCAUUAGAGGAGAGCAAACUAACAUCUCAAUGAAAGGCAUCUUAAAGGGAUACUCCUCCCAAAAAUGAAAAUUGUCAUCAUUUACUCACCCUCAUGUCAUUCCAAAUUUGUAUGCAUUUCUUUCUUCUGGCAAACAUCAAAGAAAACGUACGGAAGAAUGUUGCGAACCAAAUAUUGGACCCCAUUGACUUCCAAUAUGACACUGAGAUAUUUUUCAAAAUAUC